CCUCCUCUUCAGCAUUCACCUAUAUUAUUAGGUUAGUCACACACUCAAUUCAUAAGUACUACUACUCACAUUUCUAUCUCCCUCUUUCUCUGAAACGUCUAGCAAAUGGGUUUGAAGCACUCUUCUUCUUCUUCUUCCUUAUUCUUCCUUAUCCUUUUAUUCUUAUUACUUUCUUCUCAAGUCUCCUCACAAGCCUGCCUAAAAACAUGCGGCCAAAUACCCAUCAAGUACCCGCUUGGAACCGGGUCAGGUUGCGGUGACACACGUUUCACACGUUACAUCAAGUGCGACCCAGACCAGCAAACUCUAACGCUCACCACACACACAGGCUGCUACCCUAUCACGUCCGUCGACUACACCAAGCAAAUCAUCUACGUCACUGACUCGUCUAUGUCCACGUGUGCAUGUACCCGACCCAGCCAAGGAUUCGGGUUGGACUGGGACGCUCCGUUUUCUUUUCACGACGACACCGUUUUUACGCUUCUUGACUGUUCUGUUGACGAAUCCCCUGUUUUCAAGCCGUUAAGUAACAGUACCGGACGUGUCUCUCUAUGUGACCGUCAGAGCUCCUCUAUUUGUAACUUCUUGUACUCAAAUUGCAGGGCCAUUAGUCUAAUAAACCUCCAAGAAUCAACAUGUUGCGUCUACGUACCCCUAGAUCUCGGACCAUCGUUUGAAAUGGACCUACAGAAGCUCCGGUGCUCUUCUUACUCCGGUUUCUACAAUCUUGGUCCGGCCCAAGAAUCUCACCCUGAAAAUUGGAACUAUGGAAUCGCACUCAAGUACAAGUUCAACGUCUUCGAUGAGUAUCCUGCCGUGUGUGGUGGCUGCGAGCGUAGUAACGGUGCUUGUGGAUACAACACUCAGACUAGCUCGUUCGUUUGUAACUGUCCCGGUGGGAUCAAUACGACGUCAGAUUGUUUCUUCCUUUAUAACUCGGCUUCUAUUGUUCUACCUUGGAUCUCAACAGGAGCAUGGAUGAUGUACCCUAUGUCAUUGGUUGUAUUUUGGACAGUGAUGAGCCUUCCUUGAAGGAGUUGGAAUGGUUCGUACUGAAAGCUUAAUGAAUGGAAUCUUUGCGUCUUCUUUCUAUAUUCUUUGUGAUAACAUCACGUGACAAGAUUCCCUAUUGGUUGUCUGUGAUAUCAAUGAUGUAAUGGUUCGUAGUUUAAAAAGACAACCGUUUCACA